AAGGUGACGGUUACAUUCAAGCACGCCGGUGAUGCGCCGAUCUUGAAGCGCUCCACUUUCAAGCUCUCCGCCUCCACCACGAUUGCGAUGACUGCAGACCAGCUGCGCAAGCAGCUCGGGAUCGCACCGCACGAACCGCUGCUCCUCUACUGCAGCACGGCCUUCGCCCCGCCGUUGGAUGAGACCCUGGGCGAUGUGGCGCAGUGCUUU